AUGGGGUCCCUGCUUUGCUGCCUGCGGUACCCGGAGGACGGCUCGGCAGCGCCGCCCGUGUGCUGCUUCUGCCUACCGUGGCCUUUCCCUUACCAUGGCGUCGACUCGGGCUCUGCUGCUCGUCACAGAGGUGAUACACGUGUGGCACCUGAUCGCGGAAGGAUUCCCCUUGCAGCUUGCACCUCUGCAAAUCAAGUGGACUCAUUGGAUACCUUCCGUCCCCCUCCAAGGCCUUUGCCUUACAAUGAUCCUCAAUUCAGCGCUCGCACGGUGCAGCACCCAACAGUGUCAGGACAUGAGAAAGCAUCAACGCAUAUCCUGAAACCAGGACAACCUACAGAAAGUAAGAAUACUGACACUGGAUCAACUUGCACAGCCCAUAAGGUUUUUGAGACAUCAGCAAAACAGCACUCAGGAGGUUCGAGAAUUUAUGGAAUACAAUUCUGUGAUUCUUCUGACAAUGAGGAUGACUGUCCGAUAUGCCUAGAAGAAUAUGAUGAUGAGAAUCCGAAGAUUGCAUUGCAAUGCAACCAUAAUUUCCAUCUUAGUUGCAUUUAUGAGUGGAUGGAAAGAAGUGAAGCUUGCCCUGUAUGUGCAAAGAUUAUGUUGUUCAAUGAGGAUGAAUGA